AUGUUCACUUUAACUUUCCAGGUUGUAUGCGUUUUAUUCUGGAGUAUAUUCAUGGUAGACAAGGGUUUACUAGUGAAACCGUCAGAGAUGAAAAUGAAGACACUCCCAUCAUGGUAUAAUCAUUCAUGUCAUUCUGUGGGAAGCCUCGCUAUAAUUUUAGAUGCCUUACUAUGGAAACCGACAAGUGUUCCUGUACGAAGAGCAGUCUUAAUGCUCGUAGCAUACUUUGGUAGCUACUUGAUGUAUGUGGAAUUCCUAAUACGUAUGCAUAAUCUUUAUCCAUACCCUAUACUCGCAAACUUUUCCGAAACUGGGCGAUUUGGAUUUUAUGGAGUAGUAAUGAUUGGAAUAGCAUUAUGCUUUGGAGUCAAUCUGUUGGUGGUUCGUUUCAUGAAUAAAACUCAUAAAAAAGGGGCAGCUAAGUCGCAACCACGUGGGGAGAAGAAAGAAACGGUUUCUGUUCAUAGUAAACAGAGGAAACCUAAAAAGGCUGACUGA